AUGGCGUCCGCCACCUUCCGGGCUACCCUGCCCUCUACUGCUGCUGCCAAGCUUGGCGGCCAGCGUGCCUCAAAGCUCUCUUCCCAGAUCGUCGGGGUUCCCGUUUGCGGGUCCCUUGCUGGCAACAAUGAGCUGAAGGCUAAUCUCAGGUCCUUCGUUAGGGUUCAGUCCCGCAAGGUUGGUGGCUUUUCCGUGCAAGCCAUCGCACAGCGAGCUGAGUACAUCUGGAUGGAUGGCCUGGAAGGCACUAAGGGCUUGAAGUUCAAUGAGAUGCGCUCGAAGACCAAGGUGCUUCAGGACCCUCGUGAAAUCGGAUCUCUUAACUUCCCCGAUUGGUCCUUCGAUGGCUCUAGCACUGGUCAGGCCGAGGGCCACAGCUCCGACUGCAUCCUUCGCCCUGUGUUCACUUGCCCGGAUCCCAUCCGCGGUGGCAACGAUGUGCUUGUCCUUUGCGAAGUGUUGAACCCUGACAGCACCCCUCACGCGACCAACACUCGCCGCAAGCUCCAAGAUCUUCUUAACCCUGAGAUCUUGGACGCUGAUACCUGGUUCGGUUUCGAGCAGGAGUAUACCAUGUUCGGCAGGACCGGUCGUGUCUACGGCUGGCCCGAGAUCGGCUACCCCGACCCUCAGGGUCCCUUCUACUGCGGUGUUGGUCUGGAGGCUGUCUACGGUCGUCCUCUGGCUGAGGCACACAUGGAUGCGUGCAUUAAGUCCGGUCUGAAGAUCAGCGGUAUCAACGCCGAGGUUAUGCCCGGACAGUGGGAGUUCCAGAUUGGUCCUGCUGGUCCUCUCGAGGUCGGCGACCACGUCAUGGUUGCCCGGUGGCUCCUGAACAGGCUUGGUGAGGACUUCGGCAUUGUCGUAACACUCGACCCCAAGCCCAUGCAAGGAGACUGGAACGGCACUGGCGCACACACCAACUACUCUACCAAGGCCAUGCGCGAGGAAGGUGGCAUGAAGGCUAUUGAGGAAGCUGUUGAGAAGCUGUCGAAGAGGCAUUAUGAGCACAUCUCUAACUACGGCAUUGGCAACGAGAAGAGGCUGACCGGAAAGCACGAGACUGCCAACAUCAACACUUUCAGGUCUGGUGUUGCUGACCGCGGUUCCUCUAUUCGUAUUCCUCUGGGUGUUGCCCUGGAAGGGAAGGGCUACCUCGAGGACAGGCGUCCUGCUGCCAACGCUGAUCCCUACGUGAUUGCUCGUCUCCUCAUCCAGACCACCCUUACGUAA